AUGCCUGCCCCGUCUCUAGUCGACCUCUGCACAAAAGCAUGCGUUAAGAACGUCCGCAGCCUCAUAGACGUCGGCUCCUUCGAGUACUGGCAAAUCCGCACCGUCUUGCAACGCGUCGAGUCUCCCGAACAACUCCACCAAAUCGAGCAAAACUCCCCUCAGCUUCUAGGUGAAGAUGCCGAGCUUUGGCAAGCCUUCAUCGCAAAACACAUUCCCAACUGGCAGACCAAGAACUACCGGCCCAAGAACCCGACGAAAUGGUACGAGGUUUAUUGCAAAUACAAGAAGGAGCAGAAGGAGGAGAUCGCGCGCGAUGAGGCGAUCCUGCGCACCUCCAUGAUGGGCCUGCAGAAGGCGCGGGAGACGAACGUUAGCAAGAUUGUGGACCUGAAGAUGCUGCCCAAGAUGCCGCGGGAUCCGCGUAUGAUGGCUAACAAUGGCGGGGUGCCGCUGAAGGGGAAGAGUCUGUUUCGGAAGGAGGCCCCGAGUAGCCUGAACUGGACGAGUGGUAGUAAGACGAAGAUGACAAAUGGGAAGAGCGUGUUGACUAGAGCGAGGAGGGAAGCGAAGGAGAUAAGCCAGAUGGGCAAGCUGGCGAAGCCGACCCAUCGGUUGGCCCUGGGACAUGUGCAGAAGGCGCCCGCGGGCAUGGUUAAGGAAUACAGGACUGCGGCGCAGCCCGCCAUUAAGAUUCUGUCGAAGAAGAGUGGUGCAAGUGGUCUUAGCAUCUCUGGCGGGGUGACGGGACCGUCGUUAGAGGAGAGGGAGAGGAAAUUGAGGGCGGCGAUGGGGAGUGGCUCAGGGGCCGGAACGAAUGCUACCAUGGUCGGCUCCUCGGAUGAGGAAGACUUCAUCGUCGACGACGACGACGAUGACCUAUUCGACGAAACGCCAAAGACUCAAGCCAGACCAGCAUCUUCUUCGCGAGUCUCGAGCUCGAGACCUUCAGACCUCAGCUCCAAAGCAAGACCAGCAGGCCCAGCCUCCUCUCCACCGGCCAGAUCGAGAGGCGCAACGUCACCGCAGCCAAAGCCUAUGAUGGCGCCGAGACGGAAAGCAGAAGUCGACAUCUUCAACCGUGGAGCUAAGAAACGCAGGACUGGAUAG